AUAUAUAUAUAUAUAUAUAUAAGUAAUAAGCGAUUCAAUGACGAUUAUCAAAUCAAUGACUAUUCAAGGCCUCUCUACACCCAUCAAAGUCGGAAACCAUCAAUUAAACCAUCGCGUUGUGAUGGCCCCAUGCGUUCGUUUUAGAAACACGCUCGAAGGGGUACCUACUGAUCUUGUUGUCGAAUACUAUGGACAAAGGGCUUCCAAUGGUGGUCUUUUGAUCAGCGAAGCCACAGGCAUUGAUCGCUUGGCUGGUUUAUAUGUUCGCUCAUCUGGUAUCUUUACCAAGGAGCAAAUUGAAGGAUGGAAGAAGGUAACGAAUGCGGUUCAUCAGAAGGGUGGUGUCUUCUUUAUGCAACUCUGGCAUGGCGGACGUGCAGGCACCAAGACACUGAAUCCUAACGGCGAGCAAGUCGUUUCUGCAUCAGACGUUCCGGUCGCUGGGUUAAACUAUUUUGGUGGCAAUAUCGAGCAUGAAGUACCUCGUCCACUCACCUUGACCGAGAUCAAAGAAUGGAUUCAAACGUACCGACAAGCGGCUCUGAAUGCGAUCGAAGCUGGUUUUGAUGGCGUUGAGAUUCACGCUGCCAAUGGCUAUCUGAUCGAUCAAUUUAUCAAUUCAAACUGCAACAAGCGUACAGACGAGUACGGUGGCAGUAUUGAAAACCGUGCUCGAUUUGCCCUUGAAAUUGUGGAUGCUAUCACGGAAGCCAUUGGCGAAGAACGUACGGCGAUUCGAUUCUCUCCUGGUGGGGCUUAUAAUGAUAUGUUUGAUGAUUCUGUGGUAGAAACGUGGAGUUAUAUCACAUCUCAACUCCAAAAACAUCAUCCACACCUUGCUUAUCUUCACUUUAUCGAGCCUCGCUCUAGCUUUACCUCCGAUCAAAACGGGUUCACAGAAGACACCUUGGCUCCUUUUCGUCAGAUCUGGAAAGGUCCAUUCAUCGCUGCUAGUGGGUUCUCAACCUCUCUUGAAAAGGCUCAUGAAUAUGCUCAAAAGCAUGGUACACUCGUUGCUUUUGGUCGUGCGUUCAUAGCUAAUCCAGAUCUUCCUGAGCGUCUUUUCCAUGGUUGGCCAUUGAACAAGUACGAUAGACCUACCUUCUAUACCAACACUGCUGAAGGAUACAUUGAUUAUCCAUUCUACAAGGCUAUUGAAAAUGUUUAGAUCUGUGUUUCUUUUGUUGUACAACGUAAAAAUAAAAAUCCU